CAGUGCAAGAGCAGGCAGGCAACAGUAUCACACAGGACGAAUAUAAACACACAGAGUGGAGGGGAGACACUGAUUCGCUGUGAGCGAAGUGCAACAAAAUGGGCAAAGAGCAAUAGUGUCAGUGAUCAGAAGAAAGCAAAGAAUGGAUUUAUUGAGUGGGAGGAGAGGAGACACACGGAGACUCAGACAGACCGAGUGAGAGACUGACAGACAGCACACACCGGUGUGAGGGAGCUUUGUGCUGAGCUCCACGCUGUUUGGGUCCACCUAUCUUUAUAAAUGUUUUCAUUUGGAAUCGCUAACUCAAGAGGAAUAAAUAUCUGCGCAAGUUCCCUCUUCUGCUACAAGGACUAAAAAGGGAAGCAAACUAUCUUUCACUUUGGCAGUCUUUGUUCCAAAGCAGACCAUUCUCUCAGAGCCAUUCACUGCUGUGCUCUGUGAAGUGAGAUCGGUGUGUGCAUUGAGUCAGAGUGAUUUAAACUGAGAUGGGGACGGUGAGCGAACUUUGUGCUUCCAGCUUCCAGGCGUUCAUGUGUCCCACUGUGUGCCCUGCUGCACCAGCAGUGCCAGAUGACCUGACGCCAGAGGAGAAGCAGGAGCUGGAGAAUAUACGGCGCCGAAAGCAGGAGCUGCUUGAGGACAUCCAGCGGCUCAAGGAUGAGAUAGCAGAAGUGACGAAUGAGAUUGAGAAUCUGGGCUCCACUGAAGAAAGGAAAAACAUGCAAAGGAAUAAACAGGUGGCCAUGGGCCGAAAGAAAUUCAACAUGGAUCCCAAAAAGGGGAUCCAGUUCCUCAUAGAGAAUGACCUGCUGAAGAACACCUGUGAGGAUAUCGCUCAGUUCCUUUAUAAGGGUGAGGGCCUCAACAAGACUGCCAUUGGAGAUUAUCUAGGCGAAAGAGAUGACUUCAAUAUUGAGGUUCUUCAUGCUUUUGUGGAGCUUCAUGAAUUCACAGAUCUCAACCUGGUCCAGGCACUCAGACAAUUCUUGUGGAGUUUCCGGUUACCUGGUGAAGCCCAGAAAAUAGACCGUAUGAUGGAAGCUUUUGCACAGCGUUACUGUCAGUGCAACCCUGGUGUUUUUCAGUCCACAGAUACCUGCUAUGUUCUUUCAUUUGCUGUCAUCAUGUUGAAUACAAGCCUGCACAACCCUAAUGUAAAGGACAAGCCUUCAGCCGAGCGAUUCAUAGCCAUGAACAGAGGCAUCAAUGAUGGAGGAGACCUACCAGAGGACUUGCUCAGGAACCUGUAUGAAAGUAUCAAGAAUGAGCCCUUUAAGAUACCAGAAGAUGAUGGCAAUGACCUAACACAUACAUUCUUUAAUCCAGACCGUGAGGGUUGGUUGCUGAAAUUGGGGGGACGAGUAAAAACAUGGAAAAGAAGAUGGUUUAUCUUGACCGAUAACUGCCUUUAUUACUUUGAAUACACAACUGAUAAAGAGCCAAGAGGGAUUAUACCCCUGGAAAAUCUAAGCAUAAGAGAAGUGGAGGAUUCAAAGAAACCAAACUGUUUCGAGCUCUUCAUCCCAGACAAUAAGGAUCAAGUAAUCAAGGCCUGCAAGACUGAGGCAGAUGGUCGGGUGGUGGAGGGAAACCACACAUUUUACAGAAUCUCAGCCCCAACCACUGAAGAAAAAGACGAAUGGAUCAGCAGUAUCAAAGCUGCCAUCAGCAGGGACCCCUUCUAUGAAAUGCUCGCAGCCAGGAAGAAGAAGGUGUCAUCUGUAAAGAGGCAGUAGAUCUUCCCGUCACCUUGAAUCUUUGGGGUCCACAUGUAUAUAACUGCAAGUUUAAGUGAGGAACGCCCAAGUAAGAACUGGCCUGUGAUUUGGCAAGUGGACAAAUAAAAACUAGAAGCCAUAACUGUGGACUGGAUCAGUCCUACUCAGGAAUGCCCUGGCGUUUUAAGGGGGGAACUGGUUAACUGCACUGGGAGUUUGUGUGAGCCUUAAGUGACACUGCUUUAGGACUGACUUUAUGCUUCUUGAGUAAACAUAAAAACAUGCGUAAAUCCUAAGUCAGGGAUUUGUAUGUACUGACGGUUCAUAGCAUUGCACAACAGAGGUUCUCAAAUCACAAAUGUUACAAAAUAAUAGCGUGUAAAUUCAUUAUGUAUAGCCUGUAUCACUCUAUGUAUAUCUUAAAUCAGCAGGUCUGACUGUACUAGGCAACUGAAUUAAAAGCUACUGACAUACUUGUCAGAUUUGUUUGUUUUUGUUUGAUACGUGUACAGACAGUAGGAUAAGUAAAUUAUCUACACAUCCUCCUCAAUAUUUCAUAAGUCAUGUUUCUCCAUCAUCUUCCCUAAUGACAUUCAAGUGACUUUUUGCUUGCUUGUAAUAAUUUGCUUUGUAUUGUCCGAUGUGAUAUUUUAAAGCUCAUUCAACUGAAGAUAUUUGCAUUUGUCAUCUGCCAAAGCUAUUUUUAUAUGCCUUCAUGACUAAUGCAGUGGAUUGUUUUUAUACUGGUUUGUCCAGACUAUCGUUCACAAAGAUGAAAUGUCCCGUUCUAACAGUGGCCUUACAUCCUGUAAUUUACAGUAUAAACAAGACACCAUUUCUUUUUUUUUUUUUCCUCUAAACUUGGGACUGCUUAUCUACUUGGCGUUUUUGUUUGACAUCAUCCAGUGAUACACUUAAAGAUGGAUUUGCAUUUUCGGCUCUCUCGGCUCCGAAAAGCAUUAUUUUCAUACAAAAGCACGGUCUAUCAUACGUUAUUCCUUACUUAUCUGGGAUAACAAUGUUGCAUUCUAAACUAAAGUGAAAUAAUAAUAAUAAUAAUAAUAUUAUUAUUAUUAUUAUUAUUAUUAUAAUUAUUAUUAUUAUUAAUAGUGAUAAAUAACGAUGAUUGGUUAGCAAUUUUAGUGCAAGAUAUUUCAGUGUUUAACAUGUUUCUUUGUUGAAGUGCACUGAUAACUAUGAGAAAAGGCGAUUGUUAAUUUAUCAAUUCUGUAUAUAUUUAAAAAUAAAAAUUGUAUUUUUUGUCUGAA